UUGCAUCCAAUUGUUUUGUUUUUCUUGUAUCCACGUUUUUUAUAUUAUUGUAAAGAAUUAAACAAUUUAAAGGAACCUAUUAAUAAAUUCAAUGGAUUUUGCUCGUAAAAUCCUAUUAAAUUAUGGAUGGAAAGAUGGUGAUGGUUUGGGAAAAAACAAAGAUGGCAUUGCUAAACCAUUAAGGGCCACAUUAAAAUUUGAUAAUGCUGGCUUUGGAGCUGACCAGGCUGCAGCGGAUUUUAAUAACCACUGGUGGGAGCGAGUGUUUAAUGAAGCUGCUACGAAUGUAAAUGUCCAAAAAGAAGGAGAACAAAUAAAAAUGGGUUUGAAAGAUGACGAUGAUGGUGUUGAAAUUUCCACUAAAGGAUACUCAGUAAAAAAGCUGAAAAAGUUAAAAAAUAACAGAAGCGAAAGUAAUGAAAUGAAGGCUGCUUACGACAACUUCUUGCAAGCAGCAACCUUAACUAAUCUGGGCGGUGAAGUUGAAAAUCCUGAUAAAAUAGAUGUUAAUGAUAUAGAGGUCUCUAAGGUAAAAGUCUUAACGGAUGAGGAAUUAUUUAAAGCGUGUGGAGGUAGAACCGCUCACAAAGGAGCUAGACAUGGUUUAAAACUAAGUGGUAAACUAUCAAGAAUUGAACAGCAGGAAGCUGAAUUGUUGGCCAAGAUGCUGGCAAAGCGUAAUGCUUCGAAUGAAGAUAAGCUAGAAAAUAAUCAGGAAAAAUCUACAGAGGAAAAAAAGAAGAAAAAGAAAAAAGAUAAAACACUGGAAGCACCUGAAAUAGAUGUAUGUGAAGAAGAUAAUGUUAACAAAAAGAAAAAGAAACGAAAACACUGUGAAGCAAUAGCUUCUGAAGAAGCACAAGAAUUAACUAAUAAAAAAUUGAAAAAGAAGAAAAAUAAAGAUUCAGAACUAGAAACUAACACGAUAGAACAUGCUGUGGAAGCCAAUGAUGACUCAGAACCUCUAAAAAAGAAGAAAAAGAAAAAUAAAGAUAAAACUUUGGAAGAUAAAGUGGAAGAUGAAGUUGUACAUAAAAAGAAAAAAAGCAAAAAUAGAAAUAAAGAUAUUGAAUGAAACUUUUAAAUUAA